AUGGUUAGGACAUUAGAUCCUGAGGAGGAGUUAAGGGGUAUUGAGGAUACAACUGCUAAACAUAUAUUUGAUAGGAUAGGGAAAAUAGUGCACGAAAAAGCAAAAAAAAAUGCAGAACAAUAUAGAAGUCAAUUGAAAGGAAGUUUAUUAAAAGCAACAUUUGAGAAAGCUCCAGCGGGCCAACAAACACCAGGAAAUACAUGUGAACUUAAAUAUCAAUGGCAUACUAAUGUUACCAAGGGUGGAAAUAAAGAGUAUCCUUGUAGAAAUGGAACAGAAAAGCGUUUUUCUGAAGUAAGUGGUGGUGAAUGUGAUGAUAGUAAAAUAAAAGGUAGUAAUGGUGGAGCCUGCGCUCCGUUUCGACGAUUAAAUUUAUGCGUUAGAAAUUUGGAAAAUAUCAAUAAUUAUGGUAAAAUUAAUAAUGACACAUUAUUAGCCGAUGUGUGUCUUGCAGCCCUACAUGAAGGGGACUCAAUAAGAGGUGAUCAUGAUAAAUAUAAAGAAACUAAUGAUAGUUCUCAAUUAUGUACUAUGUUGGCACGAAGUUUUGCAGAUAUAGGAGACAUUAUACGAGGAAAAGAUCUGUAUCGUGGUAAUAAUGGAAAGGAUAAAUUAGAAGAGAAUUUGAAAACAAUUUUCGGGAAAAUACAUGAAGGAUUGAAGAAUGGGAAGACGAAUGGCAUAGAAGAACGCUACGGAAAUGAUCCAGAUUUUUUUCAAUUAAGAGAAGAUUGGUGGACUGCUAAUCGAGAAACAGUAUGGAAAGCUAUAAGGUGUAGUGCGCCAAGGGAUGCUGAUUAUUUUAUAAAAACAGUGUGUUCUGGAGGAAAAACUCCGACUCAAGGUAAAUGCCGAUGUAUCGAUUUUAGUGUUCCCACAUAUUUUGACUACGUGCCGCAGUAUCUUCGGUGGUUCGAGGAAUGGGCCGAAGACUUUUGUAGAUUAAGGAAACAUAAAUUACAAAAUGCUAAAAACAAAUGUCGUGAAAAACAUAAAGAUGGUAAGAAACUAUAUUGUGAUCUUAAUGGAUUUGAUUGUACGCAAACAGCUAGAGGAAAAAACAAGUACAAGUAUGAACACGAUUGUAUUGAAUGUUACUCUUCAUGUGAUCAUUUUGUGCACUGGAUAGAUAACCAAAAAAAAGAAUUCGAAAAACAAAAAAACAAAUAUGAUAAAGAAAUAAAAAAAGCAUAUGGAAAAAACGGAACAACAACAAAAGAAACGUCAAAUGGUCCUAUUAAUAAUUUGUAUGUAGGUGAUUUUUAUAGUAAACUGCAACAAACCUAUGGAAGUGUCGACAAAUUUUUAAAAAAAUUAAAUGAUGAAGCAAUAUGCAAAAAACACCCUGAAGUGGAAGAAAAAACUGAUGUUAAUUUUAAUGAAAAUCUUGAUGACAUAUUUUCUCAUACAAAAUAUUGUCAAGCAUGUCCUUUGUGUGGAUUGGAAAAUGAUAGUCCACCAUGGAAACCGAAGCCUGAAAAGGAAUGUAGAGAUCAACAAAUCAGAAACUUUGAUGAUAAUGAAAGUAAUGAAAUUAAGUUACUUGUGAAGGAUAAAGGAGGACAAACUAUGGUGGAGAAACUAGGAGGUUUGUGUGGUAAUGGUGCUAAGAAAAAUAAUAUUCAAGAGAAAACAUGGAAAUGUUAUUAUGAUAAAAAUAAGGAGAACAGUAUUGGUGGUGGUGAUAAGGAUUAUUGUGUACUAAAAAAUGACAAAAAAAAUAGAACACAACUGGAAAUUGUGUCAUUUAACUCACUUUUUUGGCGUUGGGUUACUGAAAUGUUAAAAGAUUCGAUAGAUUGGAGGAAAGAAUAUAAAAAUUGCAUAAACAAUGGUGAUAAAUCCACAUGUAAAAAUGUAUGUAAAAAGCCUUGUGAUUGUUUUCAAAAAUGGGGUGUACGAAAAACGAAAGAAUGGCAACAAGUGAAAGCCCACUAUGAGAAAGAAGAUUUUGGUAAAGGUCUUACUCCUUAUAAAACUCUUGAAUGGGUUUUGGAUUUAUCAUAUUUCCCAAUUAUUAAAGAAGCUCAUCCAAAAGAAAAGCCCGUACAAAAAAUGGAAGAAAUAAUUAAAAAAAAUCAAGAAAAUAUAUCAAGGGUUACAAAACAAAAUAAUUCGAUAACCAAGUUCUUACAGCAGGAAUUGCAAGAAGCCAAUAACUGCCUACAAAAACGCAAACAAGACUGCAAACCACCACAGCAAUCCGCCGAAGAAGGCGUUGCAAAAACUGGACAGCCACGUGCUGAGGACGAGGAAGACAGCCCACGACCUGAUGCUGGUGCCGGCGAAGUCGACGACGAAGACGAUGACGCCGACAACGACGACGAAAUCACCCCUCGCGAUCUCAAUAUCGAAGUCGACGACCUCGAUUCGAAAGACCCGGAAGACCAGGUGGAAGAGGAAAAGGCAAAGGACAACACGGAUGAGACAGUGGAAACGGCAAAGGAGACCAAAGAAGACACGGACAGGAAGGGGGAGGAGAAGCAACCAAAAGAGGAAGUGGACAACGUGAAGCCAUGUGAAAUAGUAAAAACACUAUUUACUAAUGGCGACAACACUGCUCUCAAUGAAGCAUGUAAACAAAAGUACCAAUAUGGUAAGGAAAAAUUCCCCAAUUGGAAAUGUGUACCAACCACACGUGGUAGUGGUGAACCCACUGGUAGUAGUGGUAGUAUUUGUGUGCCACCCAGGAGGCGACGAUUAUAUGUCACACCACUAACGAGAUUGGCAGGUGGUGGUAACACGGCGGCGUCACAAGGUAGUGGUGAGGCAGCACAACCAGUUACUGUGACACAACCACAGGCGAGUGGUGGUAACACACAGGUGGCAGUGUCACCAGGUGGCGCCGCGUCGUCGACCUCGACGACAGAGUCGUCUCAGCUCCUCCGCCAGGCGUUUAUUGAGUCUGCAGCAGUUGAAACUUUCUUUUUAUGGCACAAGUAUAAAGUGGAUAAAGAAAAAGAGGAUAAAGAAAAAAACGGACGAAAUAUGGUAGUAUAUACAUCACCCGUCCCAAAUGAUCUGUAUGAAAAAUUAAAAAAAGGUGAAAUACCUGAUGAUUUCUUGCGUCAGAUGUUUUAUACAUUAGCAGACUACAAAGAUAUAUUAUUUAGUGGUGAUAAAGACAAUAAGAAUGGUUACAACGACAUACUUAGUGGUGAUAAAGAAUUGCAUGAAAGAGAAAAGGAAAUAAAAGGUGCUAUAGAAAAGCAUUUUUCAAAUAGUGUCAAAACCCCUUCAACUAGUGGCAAUGACGCUAAAACCUGGUGGAAAGAAAACGCACCACAUAUUUGGGAAGGGAUGAUAUGUGCCUUAACCUAUAAAGAGACAAGUGGUAGUGGUGGCGAAAAACAAAUAGAAAAGGAUAGUGAUGUGUACAACAAAUUUUUUGGCAGCACAGCCGCAACCCAAAAAGGCACAUACGAAAGCAAAUACAAAUACACCGAUGUAAAACUCGAGGAAAAUAGUGGUACUGGCGGCCCCAGAGGCCCCAACGAAUCCCCCAACUCCAAACCCCCCUCAUCCACUAGUGAAAACAAACCCACCACCCUUGACUCCUUCAUCAAACGCCCCCCUUAUUUCCGUUACCUUGAAGAAUGGGGUGAAACAUUUUGUAGAGAGAGGGCAAAACGACUGGCACAAAUUAAAGUGGAUUGUCGUGGUGAUGAAAAUACCAAUAGAUCUAAUGAUGGGGACGGUUUUGACUGUGAAAAAAAAGUUACAAAUAAGGAUGUAUUUUUGGAGGAUUUCAAUGGUUCUAGUUGUGCCACGUGUUGUAGUUCUUAUAGAAAAUGGAUAGAAAGAAAAAAAAUCGAAUUUGAGGAACAAGAAAAUGCAUAUGAAGAACAACAAAAAAAAAACUGCGUAAAUGGAAAUAAUAAGGGUGGUGUUAAUGGAGUUUGUGGAAAACUAGAAGAGAACGCUGCAGGAUUUUUACAAAAGUUAGGAUCAUGUAAAAAAGAUAGUGGAGAGGAUAAUGGAAAUGGGAAUGAAGAGGAUAAAUUAAAUUUUAGACAACCAAAUGUAACAUUUAGACCUGCAGAAAAUUGUAAACCAUGUUCUUUAAUAGAAAUUAAAUGUAAAAAUGGAGUUUGUAAUGGCGAUCCUACAAAAGGGGAAUGCAAUGGAGAAACGGUUACUGCAGAAGAAAUUGAAAAAAUGAACGAUCUUAAUGGAAAUAUUGAUAUGCUUGUCAGUGAUAACGGUAAAAAUGAGAUUCCAGAAGAUUUAAAAAGUUCGUGUAAAGAUGCAAAUAUUUUUAAAGGUAUUAGAGAAGAUGUAUGGAAAUGUGGUAAAUUUCGUGAUGUAGAUGUAUGUGUUUUGAAAAAUUUUAAUAAGCAUAUACAUGAUAAAAAAAAUGUAUUAAUUAGAACGUUGUUUAAACGGUGGUUAGAAUAUUUUUUUGAGGAUUAUAAUAGAAUUCAAAAAAAAUUAAAGCCAUGUAUAGAAAAUGGAAAAGGAAAAGAACAGAAAUGUUUUAAAGGAUGUAAAGAAAAUUGUGAUUGUGUGAAAAAAUGGGUAGAAGAGAAAGAGAAAGAAUGGCCAAAAAUAAGAAAGCGUUACCUUGAGCAAUAUAAAAAUGCAGGUGGAUCAGAUGAUUACAAAGUGAAAAGUUUUUUGGAGGACCCACAGUUUUAUAAUGAAGUUAACAAAGCUGUAAAACCUUGUGAUGAUUUAAAUGCGUUCGAGAGGUCAAUUCAUUGUAAUGGCCCUAAUAGCUCACAAAAAAAAGAUGUUGAAAGAAGAGAUGUGGUUGUAUGUUUGCUGGAUAAACUUGAAAAAGAAGCAAAAAAGUGUGAACAGAAACACCAAAAUAGUGGCAACCCACAACAACCGUGUGAAGGAUCCACCCCCCCUGAUGAUGAGGAAGAGGAACUCCUUGAAGAAGAUGAACAAAACACAGUGGGAAAAGAAAAAGUGGGAAAUAAAGCGCCAGCAAUUUGUGGAGAUGUUGAAGAACAAAAAGAGAAAGAAGAAGGCGAUUGUGAUAAAGCAGUUACUCCUGAUAGUGAUACAGGAGGUAAUGGUGAAAAGGAAGAUAGUCGAUCCGAGGAAGAAGAAGAAGUUAGUGGUAGUGGAGACCAAGGUAGUCCCCCAGCUCCACCUCCACCUGAAUCCCCACAGGAAAAAGCCCCUGCACCAGCACCAGAGGAACUUCCACCUGGACCAGAACGCCCACCCAAACCUGCGGCGCCUACAUCAACACCAGAAGUCCCGGCACAACCACUCCCAAGUGAUAAUACCAGCGAUAUAUUAAAAACUACUAUCCCGUUUGGUAUUGCAUUGGCCUUGACUUCGAUUGCGCUUUUAUUUUUGAAGAAAAAAACCAAAUCUACUAUUGAUCUUUUGCGUGUCAUUAAUAUCCCCAAAAGUGAUUAUGGUAUGCCGACAAAACUUUCACCCAAUAGAUAUAUACCUUAUACUAGUGGUAAAUACAGAGGCAAACGGUACAUUUACCUUGAAGGAGAUAGUGGAACAGAUAGUGGUUACACCGAUCAUUAUAGUGAUAUUACUUCAUCUUCCGAAAGUGAGUAUGAAGAGAUGGAUAUAAAUGAUAUAUAUGUUCCUGGUAGUCCUAAAUAUAAAACGUUGAUAGAAGUGGUACUAGAACCUAGUGGUAACAACACAACAGCUAGUGGUAAAAACACACCUAGUGAUACACAAAAUGAUAUACAAAAUGAUGGUAUACCUAGCGAUACACCAAAUACACCUAGUGAUAUACCAAAAACACCUAGUGAUACACCACCACCCAUUACUGAUGAUGAAUGGAAUACAUUGAAAGAUGAAUUUAUAUCACAAUAUCUACAAAGUGAACAACCAAAUGAUGUACCAAAUGAUUAUAAAAGUGGAAAUAGUUCAACAAAUACCAAUAUUACUACCACGUCACGUCAUAAUGUGGAAGAAAAACCUUUUAUUAUGUCUAUUCAUGAUAGGGAUUUAUAUACUGGAGAAGAAUACAAUUACGAUAUGAGUAAUAAUAGUGGUAUAUAUCCAAGUAGUAGUAACCGUGAUUCAUUAAGUGGUACAAAAGUUCCAUAUAGUGGUAUAGAUUUAAUUAAUGAUUCAUUAAAUAGUGGUAAUCAACCUAUUGAUAUAUAUGAUGAAAUAUUGAAAAGAAAAGAAAAUGAAUUAUUUGGUACAAAUCAUGUGAAACAAACAAGUAUACAUAGUGUUGCCAAACUAACAAAUAGUGACCCCAUCCACAACCAACUGGAACUAUUCCAUAAAUGGUUAGAUAGACAUAGAGAUAUGUGCGAGAAGUUGAAAAAUGAUAAUGAGCGGUUAGCCAAAUUAAAAGAAGAGUGGGAAAAUGAGACACAUAGUGGUAACAUUCACACUAGUGAUAGUAACAAAACGUUAAAUACUGAUGUUUCUAUACAGAUAGAUAUGGAUGAUGGAAAACCAAAGAAGGAAUUUACUAAUAUGGAUACUAUCUUGGAAGAUCUGGAUAAAUAUAAUGAACCUUAUUAUGAUGUGCAAGAUGAUAUUUAUUAUGAUGUAAAUGAUCAUGAUGUAUCAACUGUGGAUAGUAAUGCUAUGGAUAUACCUAGCAAAGUACAAAUUGAAAUGGAUGUAAAUACCAAAUUGGUGAAAGAGAAAUAUCCUAUAGCAGAUGUAUGGGAUAUAUAA